CUCUCUCUCUUCUCUUUCUCUCCUCCUCUCUUACUUCGUGUCUCCCUGACUCUCCCUCUGCAGUCUGCUCCAGCUCCACCGUGCUGUGCUGGUCUUUUCUUUCUUGACUGAACCAGCCAGGGAAGAUGUCGUCCAACCCGUCCCCAGGAGCAGGGUCUGGACCCGGGACCAAACCCAAAUCCCAGUCCCCCUUCAGGAAGAGGGGCAGCCUGCAGUACUCAACCAGCCCAUUUGACCCCCGUGGUGCCCGCCACCUCCUGACUUCCCAGCAUUCCUUGCCAGGGAUCCCCGUAGCGCUGAAACAGACCAUUGACCUGCGCACCUCCAUGGACGGCAAGUACAAGGAGAUAGCUGAGGAGCUGUUCUCUCGCAGCUUAGCAGAGCGCGAUAUGCUCAGCGCCCCCUAUGAGUUCCCUGAAGACAGUCCUAUAGAACAGCUGGAGGAGAGACGACAACGACUAGAGAGACAGAUCAGCCAGGAUGUCAAGUUGGAGCCAGAUAUCCUUCUGCGAGCAAAACAGGAGUUAAUGAAGACUGACAGCGCUACUGACCUAGAAUACCUGAAGGAGCAGAGCCAGGCAUUCAUGGACCUGUACCCCAAGGAGAUGGAGCGAGAAGGAGAGAAGGAGUACCAGCGGGUCGCCAUCUCUGGAGAGGAGAAAUGUGGGGUUCCCUUCACAGACCUGCUGGAUGCUGCUAAGUGUGUAGUGAAGGCCUUGUUCAUCAGGGAGAAGUACAUCGGCCUGUCCAUGCAGAGCUUCUGUCGGACCACAGCCAGCUACCUGGAGGAGCUCAGUGACAGACCACUAGAUAUGGGCAUCUACGAGGAGAUACCUGAGACUUCUGUUACUGCAGACUUAGACCAGACGGUCCACCCUCCCGUCUCAGCCACUCACCCCUACGAGAACCAGGACCCUGCCUGUAUGCCUCCUGAUAUAGGCUACGGCUGCAAGAUGGUAAACGGUGUCGUCCAUAUCUACACUAAUAAGGACAGCAUGGACACGUCUACAGAGUUGGAGCUGCCCUACCCAGACCUAUCGGAGUACAUCGCUGAUAUGAACGUCAUGACGGCCCUCAUCAUCAACGGACCUGUGAAGUCGUUCUGUUACCGUCGCUUACAGUACCUGAGUUCUAAGUUCCAGAUGCACAUCCUGCUGAAUGAGAUGAAGGAGCUGGCAGCCCAGAAGAAAGUUCCUCACAGAGAUUUCUAUAACAUACGCAAGGUGGACACCCACAUCCACGCCUCAUCCUGUAUGAACCAGAAACACCUGCUGAGGUUCAUCAAGAGGGCCAUGAAGAAGUAUCCAGGGGAGAUAGUGCAUGUGGAAAGAGGCAAGGGACAGACCCUCAUGGAGGUGUUCCAAACCAUGAACCUCACAGCCUUCGACCUCAGUGUGGAUACACUGGACAUGCACGCUGACCGUAACACUUUCCAUCGCUUUGACAAGUUCAACGCCAAAUACAACCCCAUCGGCGAGUCCAUCCUGAGAGAGAUCUUCAUCAAGACAGACAACCAUGUAGAAGGGAAAUACUUUGGACACAUCAUCAAGGAGGUGAUGGCUGACCUGGAGGAGAGUAAAUACCAGAACGUGGAGCUGCGUCUGUCCAUCUACGGUCGCCAGAGGGACGAAUGGGACAAGCUGGCCCAGUGGGCCGUCAAACACCAAGUCUACUCUAACAACGUACGCUGGCUGUUGCAGGUGCCACGACUCUUUGACGUGUACCACACCAAGAAGCAGCUGUCUAACUUCCAGGAGAUGCUGGAGAACAUCUUCAUGCCUCUGUUUGAGGUCACCAUCGACCCCGCCAAUCACAGUGAGCUGCACCUCUUCCUACAACACGUGGUGGGCUUCGACAGUGUGGACGAUGAGUCUAAACCAGAGCAACACUGCUUCAACAUGGAGAGUCCUCUGCCAGUCAACUGGACUGAAGAAGACAACCCUCCUUAUGCCUACUACCUGUACUAUAUGUACGCUAACAUGACCGUGCUCAACCACCUGCGCAGGCAGAGAGGUUUCAACACCCUGGUGCUGCGUCCUCACUGUGGGGAGGCGGGGCCUAUCCAUCACCUGGUGUCAGGUUUCAUGCUGUCAGAAAACAUCUCCCACGGACUACUGCUUAGGAAGGCCCCUGUGCUGCAGUACCUGUACUACCUGGCUCAGAUCGGCAUCGCCAUGUCUCCUCUGAGCAACAACAGCCUGUUCCUCAGCUACCACCGUAACCCACUGCCUGAGUAUCUGUCCAGAGGACUCAUGGUGUCACUGUCCACGGACGACCCUCUACAGUUCCACUUCACUAAGGAGCCCCUGAUGGAGGAGUACAGCAUCGCUGCUCAGGUGUGGAAGCUCAGCUCCUGUGACAUGUGUGAGCUGGCCAGGAACAGUGUUCUGAUGAGCGGUUUCUCCCAUAAGGUGAAGAGUUACUGGCUGGGCCCUCACUACAUCAAGGAGGGGCAGGAGGGCAACGACAUCCGACGCACCAACGUCCCCGACAUCCGUGUGGCGUACCGUUACGAGACCAUGUGUGAAGAACUCAACCUCAUCACCCAGGCCAUCCGCACAGACGAGCUGGAGGCCAUCACAGAAGAGGAAGGAACUUUGUGUAUGGGGCCUGUCUAGGGGGAGAGCGGAGGGACAGAGAGGAGGGAGGUGUGUCUUUGGGGCCUGUCUAGGAGGAGAGAGGAGGGACCAAGAGGAGGGAGGGCUGUCCAUGGGGCCUGUCUCGGGGGAGAGAGGAGGGGAGUAUAUGGGGCCUGUCUAGGGGGAAAGAGGAGGGACAGAGAGGAGGGCGGUCUGUCCAUGGGGCCUGUCUAGGGGGAGAGAGGAGGGGAGUCUAUGGGGCCUGUCUAGGGGGAGAGAGGAGGGACAGAGAGGAGGGAGGGCUGUCCAUGGGGCCUGUCUAGGGGGAGAGAGGAGGGGAGUCUAUGGGGCCUGUCUAGGGGGAGAGAGGAGGGACAGAGAGGAGGGAGGGCUGUCCAUGGGGCCUGUCUAUGGUAAGAGAGGAGGGCGGUCUGUCCAUGGGGCCUGUCUAGGGGGAGAGAGGAGGGACAGAGAGAAGGGAGGUCUGUCUAUGAGGCCUAUCUAGGGGGAGAGAGGAGGGACAGAGAGGAGGUGAGUCUAUGUAUGGGCUCAUACUUGGCUCUGGCAUCUUCCCCAAUAUUUGGAAUCAAGGACUAAUCACCCCAAUCCACAAAAGUGGAGACAAAUUUGACCCCAAUAACUACCGUGGAAUAUGUGUCAACAGCAACCUUGAGAAGAAAAAAAAAGACUAGUUCAUUUCCUCAGUGAAAACAACGUACUGAGCAAAUGUCAAAUUGGCUUUUAUCAAAUUACCGUACGACCGACCACGUAUUCACCCUGCACACCCUAAUUGACAAACAAACAUGGGGCCUGUCUAGGGGGAGAAAAGGAGGGACAGAGAGGAGGGGAGUCUGUGUAUGGAGCCUGUCUAUGGGGAGAAACGAGGAAGGAGGAAGAGGAAGGAGGAUUAACAAGGAGGAGGAGGGCAACCUGCAUAUGGGACAGGUGUAGGGAGGAGGAGGAAGAGUAAGGAGGAAGAGUAACAGGAAGAAGGAGGCAGGGCCGUAACUACAAAUGAGGACACGGACGUCCGGACAUAGGUCAUUUUUUUUUCAACUAAAAAAAUAUAUACAGUAUAUUUACAGUAUAUUAUAUUUACAGUACAUUUACUGUAUAUUAUAUUUACAGUAUAUUUACAGUAUAUUAUAUUUACAGUACAUUUACUGUAUAUUAUAUUUACAGUAUAUUUACAGUAUAUUAUAUUUACAGUACAUUUACUGUAUAUUAUAUUUACAGUAUAUUUACAGUAUAUUAUAUUUACAGUACAUUUACUGUAUAUUAUAUAUACAGUAUAUUUACAGUAUAUUAUAUUUACAGUAUAUUUACAGUAUAUUAUAUUUACAGUACCAGUCAAAAGUUUAGACACACCUACUCAUUCAAGGGUUUUUCUUUAUUUUUUACUAUUUUCUACAUUGUAGAAUAAUAGUGAAGACAUCAAAACUAUGAAAUAACACAUAUGGAAUCAUGUAGCAACCAAAAAAGUGUUUAAACAAAUCAAAAUCUAUUUUAUAUUUGAGAUUCUUCAAAGUAGCCACACUUUGCCUUGAUAACAGCUUUGCACACUCUUGGCAUUCUCUCAACCAGCUUCUACCAAGAAGGAGAGUAACGGAGUGCUGCAUCAAAUGACCUGGAAAGAAAAGCAGCAAACAAGUGCUCAGCAUAUGUGGGAACUCCUUCAAGACUUUUGGAAAAGCAUUCCGGGUGAAGCUGGUUGAGGGAACGCCAAGUGUGUGCAAAGCAGCCAUCAAGGCAAAGGGUUUUAUUUCCUGGGGGGGGGGGGGGUCCCUUUCCGACCUCUCUAGAGCUUAAACCCUGGUUAUGGCCCUGGGAGAAGGAGCAUGGAAGAGGAGGGAGGAGGAGGAGCAGGGAAGAGGAGGGAGGAGGAAGAGCAGGGAAGAGGAGGGAGGAGGAGCAGGGAAGAGCAGGGAGGAGGAAGAGCAGGGAAGAGGAGGGAGGAGGAGCAGGGAAGAGCAGGGAGGAGGAAGAGCAGGGAAGAGGAGGGAGGAGGAGCAGGGAAGAGCAGGGAGGAGGAAGAGCAGGGAAGAGGAGGGAGGAGGAGCAGGGAAGAGCAGGGAGGAGGAAGAGCAGGGAAGAGUGGGGAGGAGGAAGAGCAGGGAAGAGUGGGAGGAGGAGGAGGAGCAGGGAAGAGUGGGGAGGAGGAAGAGCAGGGAAGAGGAGGGAGGAGGAGCAGGGAAGAGCAGGGAGGAGGAAGAGCAGGGAAGAGUGGGGAGGAGGAAGAGCAGGGAAGAGGAGGGAGGAGGAGCAGGGAAGAGCAGGGAGGAGGAAGAGCAGGGAAGAGUGGGAGGAGGAGGAGGAGCAGGGAAGAGUGGGGAGGAGGAAGAGCAGGGAAGAGGAGGGAGGAGGAGCAGGGAAGAGCAGGGAGGAGGAAGAGCAGGGAAGAGCAGGGAGGAGGAAGAGCAGGGAAGAGGAGGGAGGAGGAGCAGGGAAGAGCAGGGAGGAGGAAGAGCAGGGAAGAGUGGGAGAAGUAGGAGGAGCAGGGAAGAGGAGAGGGAAGAGGACAGACCUCUUGAGGAACCAAGAGUGUUGCAAGAGACCAUAUCAUUCACUUCAUACUGUAUCUCUGCAAAUCUCUCCAUAUUCAAACCCAUUGCCAGGACAGAGUAGAAAAUAUUUUUUUAAUUUUAAGGAAAAUCUUUGCAGAGACUUUAGUGGCAGAUAUGGGUCGAUAGAAAUAACUGUGUGGGAGAGACAUGGAAGAGAUCUGGGCAAUGCAAUAUUAGAGAACAAACCUAUUCCUGUCUGUCAAAAUGACAUGUUUUUGAUUAAGAUUGUUUUUUGCGCUAUCUGAUAUUGUGACUUUCCAUUGUAUCUUUGAUUUCAUCCUUCUUACUGUCCAUCCUUUCCUUGUCACUGUGAUAUCAUUUCUGAAUUUAUUUAUUUGCGAGUGAAUAUAGGCUACAUAUUAUUUAGAAUGUAAAAAAUGUCUGCCAGUAUUUUUAAAAAAAACUACAUAUUUCUGGCAAUAUUUCUUACGCCUUUAUGGUUUUAUACUAGCCUGGUGAAUUCCAGUCUGUUUGUGCUAACAUUCCACUCGUUGCCACUUCUUGUCAUAUCAAACAACGUGUACAAAUGAGUGGAAUGUUAGCACAAAGCAGGUUCUGGAUUUCAGGCUAGUUUUACAUCUGGGUGGCAUAAAUACCUUUUACUGGAGCUGCUGCUCAACUUAUCUUUUGUCUCAGAUUCAUCCUGACUUUUAUUAUAGUGACUGUAUCCUAUCUUAUCAUGUAAUUUCAUUGCGUACGAUGUCACUCUGUGAACUCUCUAUCUGACCUCGGAUCAGUGUCCUGCAUAGCCUACAAUACAAAAUAAAGCUCCAAGUUUGGAAUCAUCUACUAGAUGGAGAUACUGCAUCACGUUUCAUAUCUGUUUUUACAAUCAAUAAUAUUCCUGAUAGAUUUGUCUGUGUUUCCAUAAGACUUAUGUCCCAAAAUGAAGGGUGAACACACUCAUCAUAGUUUUGUAUCACCAGUAGUGACGUACAGUGGCUUCAUGAUGGUCUCUUUUUCGACUUGCGUGCCCAAGGUAAACUAACGUCACACCUCAGACUGUAUGGAUGACUGGUAUUUGCAUUUACUUUCCCAAUAACUGUGGACUGAAAAGCCGUCUGACUUGGUUCAAUAUUUGCUGUUGAUUUAUAGUUGGUGUUUGUUUGUUUGUUUAUCUCGUAAAUAAAUUUCUCUAAAACGCAGGAAUUCA